AUGGCGGCUGUGACGGCUGUGGUGAAGCAGCAGCAGGACGUGAAGGAGGGGGGAGAGGAAGAGAGACUUUGGCUUCUUCUGGGCCUAGGUACUGAAGGUGAAUGGGAAGACAUACAGAACCGACAGUCUGAGGACGAAACAAUCGACGAAAGCAGGACGAAGGCGGAGCAGCUGAAUGCGGAUCCCCUCCUGGACCUUGCAUCGAAGCAUGCAAGCUUAGGAAACAAGCUGGAAGGAGGAAUGUUCUCACACAAUGUAGAUUCUCUGCAGAGGUGCCUGCAGAGCAUCAGCGCACAUGCGAUCGGCGGUGAAAUAUCCUUGUUCCUCUACCUUCCUGCUUCGACCCGAUUAAUUGUCAUGCUCUCAGAUGGAUUUGUGCACGACCGUGUCUCAGACUUCGAAGGAGAGCUGGCAGAGAAAGAGAACAUCAUGAGCGAGAGACUGAACAAUGUACAACAAAAUGACAACUGCCAAAGGGCAAAGCAGGGAAGCGACAGCGAGACAGCAUGUGAGGAGGACAUCCAGAAAUUGACGACAGUCAUGGAAGAGUUGCGACACUCGGUUAACAACUUCAACGACAUCUACAACUCCCAGGUCAAGAGUUUGCUGCAGAGGUUGCAGCGACCAACCGUCCGGCAAGAACUUGGUGAUGCCGUAUCCCGAACCGCAUGCUUGAGCAGCAAGAGUCGUCAGUUCAUCCAAGAUCUGAAGGAGCUUCGAAACCUUCUCCAGGUGAUGCGGAGUUUGCGGAUCUCAACAGAAGUAUGGAGAUUGUGCAACGUCUGCUUCAAAAACUUCAAGGAUGAAUUUCGCACGGGGCACUCGAAGUAG